UCCCGAGAGGUGGUUCGUGCUCUGGGUGUAAAAACGUGUGGCUUCUCAGGUACAGACGGAACCCUGCGAUAGGAAUAUCUCUUUCCUGUACAAACUCGCGCACGAGCGGCCACAGUGGUCCUGCCCCCGCCAUGGGAGACAUCUGCGAAGAUAAGAAUACAGCGUGCUUUUAAACAUUACAGUCUAGAGAAAAGUAAGGGAGGAAAGUUCAGACAUGAAGCCACUUCUGGCCAUCUGCAGGCUGCUCAGAAGUUUGAACAGGUUUCCUGUAAAUUCAAACCUUCUUUUGAGUUUCUCCACUUCCUCUCUUUCCUGUGACCAGAAGAAAAAAACCUCCUACGAAGCAGUAGACCAAGCAAAGUACUCUAGGUUAGUCCGGUCUGUCUUGUCCAGAGGCCCUGUCCAGACCCCAGAGUCAUUGUUCCAAGAAGAUGAGGUCCUGUACGGUCCUGUGAGGAAGCAGAAGGCUCCAGAGCCAGAGCAGCAGGCCAGAGCGCCACAAAACUGGUUUCCCAUCUUCAACGAGGAGCGAGCUGUGAAACCACACACAGGUGCCUCUUCAAGUCCUCUGAAGAUCCCUUUGCAAAGAAAUGUGUCACCCAGCGUGACACGCAUCCUUCAGCAGACCAUGGCGUCAGAACAGCUUUUCUUUUUGAAGAGGUGGAAGCAGCGGAUGGUUCUGGAGCUUGGAGAAGAAGGAUUUACAGAAUAUACUACAAACAUGUUUUUACAAGGCAAACAGUUCCAUGAAGCCUUGGAAAGCAUACUUUCAUCCCAGGAGAACUUAAAAGGGAGAGAAGAACACCCCCAGUGUGGCUACCUCGAGAGUGUCCAGCACAUUCUGAAAGACAUCAGGGAUGUGCAAGCCCUGGAGAGUGCUGUCCAGCAUGAGGCCUUGAAUUAUGUGGGGCUGCUGGACUGUGUGGCUGAGUACCAGGGCAAGUUGUGUGUGAUCGAUUGGAAGACGUCAGAAAAACCAAAGCCUUUUAUUCGAAAUACGUUUGACAACCCAGUGCAAGUUGUGGCAUACAUGGGUGCCGUAAACCACGACCCCCACUACAGCUUUCAGGUUCAGUGCGGCUUAAUUGUUGUGGCCUAUAAAGAUGGGGCCCCUGCCCAUGCUCAUUUCAUGGAUGAAGAGCUCUGUUCCAAGUAUUGGGCCAAGUGGCUUCUUCGACUAGAAGAAUAUUCAGAAAAGCAAAAGAACCAGAGUACUCAGAAGCCAGACUAGAGGCCAGGGCGGUGCACACUCACCUUCUCACUGUCUGGGGAGAGGCACCGCUGCCGCUGCCUUCCUAAAGAGUGAUGCCACGAAUCUGAGCAUUGCAUUGGCACAAGCUGAAGAAGUAAUUGGCUGGAUGUAUUGCUACUGAGAAGCCAGAACGUCCAGAAAUCACUUAAAACAUCAACUAUACUACCUCUGGCUCUUACCUGCCUGAGGAGAGGACACAGAGGAUCGACAGUCACCUUGGUGACUUCUGGACUCCCUUGUAAAUCUUUUUGUGUGCUUGCCAGGAUGCCCAGUCUUGGAAUUGAGAUCAGAAGGCGGUGAAGCAUCAUGUGCCAAGCAUGUCCCCAGGGUUCUCAGGAAGGGGAGGGGCUGCAUACCCCUGAGGUGUAUGUCAGGCAUCACCAUUGUAACAGUUUCCUUGAAGGUGUUGUGUACAUUAGGACCCUACAUCAUUAGGGGGAACUUCCUCUUAACACUGAAUUCAUUUGUGUUGACUGUUCAGCCCAGAGUUAGCCUGGUUGCCCUGAAAGUGGGAGCACUCACCAUAUCAUUGGCCUGAUCCUCUUCCGUACCAGGUGAGCCCCAGCAGUAGUCAAGCCUGUGUGUGAAAGUCACCACUGUUAGGGCUUUAGUGUCUGUUUCUGGUGUCAGUCGGCAAGCCAUUUACUAGGAAAACCCACUGUUGUGGAAUUUUUCAGCUAAGGGGAACACUGAUAAAAUCCAUUAUAUUAUUUUUUUGUGUGUUUGAUAGGUAAUAAAAAUCAUUAGCUGUCCUCGGAUUUGGGAAAGUUAAAUAAAUGCCCAUUAUUUUCCUGGAAGAGGGUUUUGUGUUAUAAAGUAAAUCUAGUAGCAUUGAGGUUACAGUUGACUUAAAAUCAUAGGAUCCACGAUCACAUUUAGUUUUCAUUAUUCAUAAAAAAAAAAAAUAAAAGAUACUUAACUGAC